CGAUUUGAGCGCACGCAGGGACUCGUCCCCACGGCCGCGGAUGGCAACAUGGCGACAGAGUUCCACAACCUGCAGGAGCUGAGGCACAGUGCGUCUCUGGCCAACAAAGUCUUCAUCCAGAGAGACUACAGCGAAGGAACCACCUGCAAGUUUCAGACCAAGUUCCCGUCGGAGCUGGAGAGCAGGAUCGAGCGGACGCUGUUUGAGGACACUGUGAAGACUCUGAAUAACUACUAUACAGAGGCGGAGAAGAUCGGAGGACAGUCGUACCUGGAGGGGUGUCUGGCCUGCGCUACAGCGUAUAUCAUCUUCCUCUGCAUGGAGACACGUUACGAGAAGGUGUUGAAGAAGAUCGCCAAGUACAUCCAGGAGCAGAAUGAGAAGAUCUACGCUCCCAGAGGUCUGCUCAUCACUGAUCCCAUAGAGAGGGGGAUGCGUGUUAUAGAGAUUUCCAUCUAUGAAGACCGGGGCUCCAGCGGCUCCAGCUCAGGGAGUAGCUCUGUGUCCGGCAGCACUGCUCGAUGACUGGCUGCUUCCUCAGCUCCCUGUCCCCCUGGUCACUCACCACCGGGGAAGUCAGGACCUGAUACCGCUCCUGUCCCAAUACUUCAUACGUAUCAUCCCUCAGCUAUGUUCACACAAAGGAUUCACUAGCUUUUUUUCUCUCUUUGGCAAAUGACCUGACAUCAUCACGUGCUUAAAUUGUUCCAAGCUUUUUUCACAGUGAAUGCACUCCAGUCGUUUCUUGCAAACUGACUUGCAUGCACGUUGACUCAGAUGUGUUUUGCUGCAGUGUCUCAAUGGAGAAAAAUCAUCGCAAUACUUUGUGGGAUCGUACCAUUAACGUCCUUCCUGUUUUGUCUGGUGGGAGAUGAAAAGGAUGGAAGGAAGUAAGGAAGAAGAGAGGAUGUGUUAGUGUUGAGACGGGAGUGACGACCACAGGCCUCAUGGAAACCUCAUACCUCAGCCACCGCAGCUGCACCGCAAAGUCCAGAUCAGCCUCAGCGGCGCCCUGACCGACUGGGAAACUGGACUGAGCCCAUCACCAUCCACCCGGCACCACCACCACACUGGCUUCUGAAGGACGUUAUCUGUCGUGCAAGCAUUCGAGCACGGCAUCACAACAUCUCACUGUGCAAAGGAACUCUUCCUCCAUCAACUCUGCUGUACCUCAUACUGUCUGGUAGCAGAUGAAUGUCACUCAGCACAUCCAUGUACAAAUGUAGCAGAUCUUCCAUAUCUCGCACAUGAAAGUAAUUAGACACAAAUGCACCAAUCCAAGUAGUAACCUCUUGGUUUCAAUGAGCGAAGACCAACUCUUCCUAAAUUUGUAUUAUGCAAAGACGUAGUGUGCAUUAUUAUAUAUGUGGACCAAGUAUGGGUCAGAAAGUCUUCCUGAAUCUUACCUGUAGUGUUUUGAAAUACAUCAAACCUCCAAAGAACAAUAACUGCCAAAAAGAAAAAAAUACAGACUCACAAAUGUGAAUGUGUCUUUUAUUUUGGUGACAUUGUGCGAGGACUGACUUUCUUAUCGCUUGUUGUUUGAUACACAGCAAAGAGAUAAAUAUGACUGGUGUCUGAUAAAAACUCUUUCAUCGCA